CAGGACCGGAAGCUGACGAAGGUGGAGCAGCAGCGCUUCAAGGAGGAGGCCGAGAUGCUCAAGGGGCUCCAGCACCCGAACAUCGUCCGGUUCUACGACUCCUGGGAGUCAACGCUGAGGGGCAAGAAAUGCAUCGUCCUCGUCACCGAGCUCAUGACCUCGGGCACCCUCAAGACGUACCUGAAGAGGUUCAAGGUGAUGAAGCCCAAGGUGCUGCGGAGCUGGUGCCGCCAGAUCCUGAAGGGGUUGCAGUUCCUGCACACCAGGACCCCCCCCAUCAUCCACCGCGACCUCAAGUGUGACAACAUCUUCAUCACCGGCCCCACUGGCUCCGUCAAGAUCGGGGACCUGGGGCUGGCCACGCUCAUGAGGACCUCCUUCGCCAAGAGCGUCAUCGGGACCCCUGAGUUCAUGGCCCCCGAGAUGUACGAGGAGCGUUACGACGAGUCCGUGGACGUUUACGCCUUCGGGAUGUGCCUGUUGGAGAUGGGCACGUCCGAGUACCCCUACUCUGAGUGCCACAACGCUGCCCAGAUCUACAGAAAAGUCACCAGUGGCAUCAAGCCAGCGAGUCUGCACAAGGUGCGGGACCCCGAGGUGAAGGAGCUCAUCGAGGGCUGCAUCCGGCAGAACCGGGACGAGAGGCUCUCCAUCCGGGACCUCCUGGCACACUCGUUCUUUGCCGAGGACACGGGGCUGAGGGUGGAACUGGCCGAGGACCCCGGGGGUCCCGACCCCGCCCUGGCCCUGCGGCUCCGCGUCGAGGACCCCAAGAAGCUCAAGGGGAAGCACAAGGACAACGAGGCCAUCGAGUUCAGCUUCGACCUGGACACCGACGACCCCGACGAGGUGGCCCAGGAGAUGGUGAGAUCCGGGUUCUUCCACGAGAGCGACUCCAAGGCCGUGGCCAAAUCCAUCCGGGACCGGCUGGUGCUGGUGCGGAGGGCGCGGGAGCGGCGCCCGGGGGGAUCCCGGGGGGGCCCCGAGAACGAGGACCCCGAGGUGGAUCAGCACGUCAGGCAGCAGCUGCUGGGGCAGCAGCCCCCAAACAACGGUGAGACCCCCCAAAACUGCCCC